CAUCCGAUGUUGCAAAAGAUCGCAAAGUUACCGUUGAUGAUUUCAAAUUUAUUUUGCGGAAUGAUUCGAAAAAAUUAGCUAGAGUUGAAGAGUUAUUGCAUAUGGAGCAAGAGAUCAAGAAAGCUAGACAAAAUUUUGAUGUUAAAGAUAUUGAUGAAUAA